AUGUCGUCUGGGCUCGCCUCUGAUGAGGUCGCUGAGGAUUACAAGAACUCUCUGGAGGAUCUUACCACGAACGACAGGUUCCAGAUCAGCAACUUGACCGUCAUAGCCAAAGAGAAUACUGAACAUGCUAUGGCCAUCUCCAGAGUUUUGGAGAACCACAUUCGAACAACACCGCCAGCUCAGAAGCUUCCUGCCUUGUAUGUAGUCGACUCCAUUGUGAAGAAUGUGGGAACUCCCUACACACUUUUCCUGGGUCGCAAUAUGUAUCAGACUUUCAUGAAUGCCUACACGUUGGUGGACUCGCAAACCCGCAGAAAGCUGGACGAAAUGCUCAAGACAUGGAAGGAAUCUGUUCCGGGGUCACUAGAUACAAGACCCGUCUUUCCUCCGGAAAUUACACGCAGCAUUGAAAGCGCUCUGAUCAAGGCGAGAACCGCGGCUCUACAGCAGCAGCAGGCCAGGAGCCAGCAGGAUAUACUUAACCGCGGCCGGGUGGGCACUCCUCCUCAUGGCUGGACGAACAACACUACGCUCAACCAGAGUGCGGCUCGGCUCGCGCCUUCCACAAGUCAGAAUGGGCAUGCUCAUCAGGUCCGAAAUGGACACACGCAAAAUCAUCACGCUGCGUUGGACCCUCGAUCUACUCCAACCCCUCAACCUUCGCAGCGCUCGGAAGUGGAUCUUGCGGCAUUGAAUCGCGACAUCGAGGCAUUGAUUGCAGCUGCCCGAAGUGAUUUCGCCAAUAACCCUCUUGACCCUUCUGUGCAACAGCGUCUCAAAGCUCUACUAGAUUUGCAAGGCAUCCUCCAGCGUCAAGAGCUCACUCAGGAGCAGCUGAAGCUGGUCCGUGACCAGGUCUCUGCACUCACUCCAAAGUCUGCUCUUUCAGUUCCCCAAAGCGUUCCGCCAACCAUUCCAGCUAUGCCAACACCCAGCAUGGCCACUCCCCCAGUUCAGACCCUUUCACAGCCUCUUCAGCAGCUCCUCAACCCGGGAACAUUAGCUGAGCUUAUCAAAGCAACUGCUGCACGCCAGCAACCCACCCCACCACCCCAAGUCCACAGCAUUCUACCGCAGAUGCCAGUAGCUAGCAGCACGCCACAACCGGCGGCCAUGCCGGCGACCGAGAACCCGUUAAUUGCAGCUCUACGAGCGCGUGGCCUCUUGCCUCCCGCUUCCGCACCUCCUGCCCCUACCACUGCUCCACCGUCCAACCUUGCCUCUGCCUUUCCCUUUAUUGUACCUGGUCAGGUGCGAUUUUUAACUCCAGUGCCUACUAUGCCUCAGGCUCCUAAUCCCUCGAGUAUUACUAUCAACGUGCAAAUGAAUACGGCAUCCAUUAAAAUACCGCGAGAGGGACUAAUAGCCAGUCUCUACGAAGCGAGAUCUAACCGUUGUGGGACAUGUGGCCGUCGAUUCUUUGCAACAGAAGAAGGAAAAGAAAAGAAAGCUCGCCAUCUGGACUGGCACUUUCGGACCAACCAACGGAUGGCGGACGCUGCCAAGCGAGCGCAGAACCGCAGCUGGUACGUUGACGAGCGGGAUUGGAUAAAAUCCCGCGAAGCCGGAGACGAUGAGGAUCCUGCAGAGGCAGAAUCUACAAGUGCCGGUGCUGCAGGUGCCGAGAGUGAUUCAACCAAGAAAGGGCCGCCCAAGCAAUGGAUCCGUGCUCCCAAUGAUGCUACUUUGCGCAACACGCCCUGUCCCAUUUGUCAGGAGACGUUUGAGUCGACAUGGUCGGAGGAAGUCCAAGACUGGAUAUGGCAGGAUGCCGUCAAGGUUGGGAACCGGAUAUACCACGCAAGCUGCUAUGCGGAAGUUACGAAGGACGGGACGACUACGGCUGCAGGUCGGGGUACGCCUUCGGCACGGACUGGAACGCCAGAUUCCGUGUUGGGCAAGAGGAAGGCAGAGGGGACCGACUCUCCCGGGUCAAAUGUCCGAGUCAAGAUGGAGCCUGUGUGA